GGUCCAACCUCAACUUUCACAGCUCCUCCGCCCAACCUCCCACAUCCGCCCCGACGCCGUCGUCACAGCCUUCCGGACCUCGAAAAGCGGUGCCCUUGUCGUCGCCAAUCCGCUUUCUCCGCCAUUGGUCAUCUACGAGCUCGAUAGCUGCUAUCGCAAGCCCUCGCACGACCCGUCGUCAUGUCUACUUCCGUCGGGGUUAAUGUCUUCCGAUGGUCCGCCCUCGGAUUCGGAGUCUUCUACGGCGCCUAUCACCAGCUGUCGUUAUCAGCAGCCGACAAGGCAAAGGCUGCACAAAAGGAUUGGGAUAACAAGGAAUCACUGAUCAGGCAAGCGAAGAAUGAGUGGGCAAGGACGCACCCCUCAGAACAACCAAAGGCUGGUGCCAAGGCAGACCCCAACGACCCCAACGCAGACCUGAACACACUGCUCGGAAUAACCGAUGCCAAAUAAGCGGAUGAAGAUGGAGACGAUUCCUUUUGUUGCCAUGGACAUAAUACGGCCAUCUCGAGCGAGCCCGAAAAGGCAAGGAGGCGGAUGGCGAGAAGGCGGUCAAUAGUGGUGCGCGCUAUCAGCCUCUUGUAUUUUGUACCAUCUGUACAGUAUAGACAAUGGUUAUUCACGUUUUCAAUAUACAUGCUUACUUCUUGAU